AUGGAGAACGACGAGAAAUAUCUCCCCGAGCUGCUGGCGGAGAAGGACAGCUUGGACUCGUCGUUUACGCACGCCAUGAAACUUUUAAACGCAGAAAUCGAUAGAAUCCAGAAAGGCGAGACUAAAAAGGAGGCAGAAGCGUACCUGGACCUUUUCACAACAAAGAACAUCAAACUUAAGGAACGAGUGCUCAUACCUGUCAAACAGUACCCCAAGUUCAAUUUCGUGGGGAAGAUUUUGGGACCUCAGGGCAACACAAUCAAACGUCUGCAGGAGGAGACCGGAGCCAAGAUCUCCGUGCUGGGCAAAGGAUCCAUGAGAGACAAAUCCAAGGAGGAGGGGCUGAGGAAAGGCGGCGAGCCCAAGUACGCCCACCUGUCCAUGGAGCUGCACGUGUUCAUCGAGGUGUUCGCCCCCGUGCCCGAGGCCUACCUGCGCAUGGCGCACGCCAUGGAGGAGGUCAAGAAGUUCCUGUUUCCAGAUAUGAUGGAUGAUAUCUGCCAAGAGCAGUUCAUGGAGAUGAGCUACCUGAACGGAGGCCAGGAGCACGGAGCCAGAGUCCGAGGGGGCCCUCCGGUCAGGGGCCGCGGAGUCCCUCCUGGUGGAGCACACAGGGGGAGGGGGAUGCCACCCCGCGGUGCUCCCGCCAGGGGAGGUGUGGUUCGAGGCGGCCCAUCCAGAGGUGGAGCGGUGAGGGGCGUGCCGUCAGGUCGAGGAGGACCCCCAGUAGCACCCGCCAGGGGAGCCUCGGCACCCCGUGCCCGGCCCCCGGCGUCCGCCCCGCAGAGGAUGGCACACCCACCCCCCCACCAGCACACCCCUGUUGCAUCCAACGACGGCUACGAGGAUUAUGGCUACGAUGAGAGCUACACAGACCCGGCGUACGAGUCAUACGACAGCUAUUACAGUCAGCCGCAGACAGAGCCAGAAUACUACGACUACGGACACGGAGAGAGCACAGAGUCAUACGAGUCAUAUGGCCAGGAUGACUGGAAUGGGACCCAGCGAACAGCUUCAGGGAAAGCCCCUCCCCCCUCCAGAGGAGCCAAGACGCCGUACCGGGAGCACCCAUACCGACAGUACUGAGGCGGACCCGCCGCCCGUAACGCGUCGCCCCGACUACCGCCUGUCUACCACGGCAGCUCUCGCUUUAAGCAGCCCGACAAAAGUAAUUGUCCGUUUUGUCUUUGGUUUGGUCUUUUUCCUACACUGGACUUUAUACGAGAGAGCAAAUUGGGAACUGAAAAUCGGAACUGGUUUUUGAGAUUUGACCGCGAACUCCCUCCCCGUUCUUUGUCGCACCACCCACCCAACCACCUAACCAACCAGCCACCAAUCCCUCCAACCACCCACCCAAAGCGGCUUUUAGACGGGUUAGAGGGGAGAAGUUGGCGUCUUUUUCUUCUUCUUUUUCAUUUUCAUUUGAAUUUUUAUUUAUUUUGCUGUAUUUUUUUUUCCUCUGACCCUUUUAACCCCC